GCUUCACACAAACACACCACCGUACUCUCUCUCUCUCUCUCUCUCUCUCUCUCUCUCUCUCAUUCCUUGCUUCGAGCUCGGAGAUUCCUUAACCAAAGCCAAAAAGAAGAAACCCUAGAGAGAGAGAAAGAGAAAAAGAAAAGAAAAGGCGACCCCACGUCGAUCCCCCUCCUCCUUUUGCUCCUUUUCCCCCUUUCUCUCUCUAUCCUCGAUUCCCUCCUUAUUAGUAUACAAUGCUCGGCCCCGCUCCCCCAAGAAGAGGAGGAGGAGAAGAGGGUUGUGGAGGUGGUGGCGACAAUGGCGAGCGGAAGCGGGAGCAAGGCGGAGGGGGGAGGGGUGGGGCGGACGCUGUCGAGGAGGAUGACGCGGCUGCAGUCGAUGAUGGACUUCCCGGCGGACGAGGAGCCGCCGCCGGACAGCGAGAUAGUGCCGUCCUCCCUCGCCUCCAUCGUCCCCAUCCUCCGCGUCGCCAACGAGAUCGAGCAAUUCAACCCCCGCGUCGCCUACCUCUGCCGCUUUUAUGCAUUCGAGAAGGCUCACAAUAUGGAUCCUCACUCAAGUGGACGUGGCGUCCGUCAGUUUAAGACCUAUUUGUUGCAUAGACUUGAGCAGGAUGAUAAGGACACAAAGCUUACCCUUGCUAGAAGUGACGCAGGAGAAAUUCAAAAGUUUUAUCAGUGGUACUAUGAAACCUACAUCAAAGAUGCUGCCAAAAGGAAGCCUGAGGAGGCUGCUAAGCAUUAUCAAAUCGCAUCCGUUCUAUAUGAUGUGCUCAGAGCUGUGGUGCCCUCUGACAAAGUUACUGUUGAGGUAACCAGGUAUGCUAAUGAAGUUGAAAGUAAGAGAGAGCAUUUUGCAAACUAUAAUAUUCUUCCUCUUAAUUUUACCGGUCCUCCUCCUGCAAUUAUGGAGCUUCCGGAGAUCAAAGCAGCGGUAGAUGCUCUACAUAAAACAGACAAUCUUCCGAAACCCAGAAGACGGUCGGGACAAGAGUCUCAGCAGACGGCUGAUGGAUCUUCGAUGCCUGAGGACAAAUCCAUUGAUUUACUUGACUGGCUUGGGCGAACAUUUGGGUUUCAGAAAGGGAAUGUGGAGAAUCAAAAGGAGCACUUGAUUUUGCUACUUGCAAAUAUUAAUGCGAGGCAUCAUCCUAACCAUUCCCUGCUGGAUGUUGGCACUGUAAAGCACUUGAUGGACAAAGUUUUUGGGAACUACCGUUCUUGGUGUGCCUAUUUGCAUCAUAGACCAAAUUUUGAGCAACUAGGAAAGUUGGAAACACAUCAGUUAGAACUGCUUUACAUUGGUUUGUACUUUCUGAUUUGGGGUGAAGCUUCCAAUGUUCGGUUUAUGCCUGAAUGUAUAUGUUAUAUUUUCCACUUUAUGGCCAAGGACUUGAAUGGAAUAUUAUUUAGCAAUGCCCAAGCUGUUACCGGAGGUUAUUUUGAACCAUCAUACCAGGGAGAGGAAUCAUUUUUGCGUAACGUUAUUGAACCUAUUUAUGUGGUCAUCUCUAAGGAAGCUCUGAGAAGCAAAGGUGGUACUGCAAGCCAUUCAAAAUGGAGGAACUAUGAUGACUUGAACGAAUAUUUCUGGUCAAAUGAAUGCUUCAAGCUAAAGUGGCCACUGAAUCUUGAAGCAGACUUUUUUGUGCAGUCAGAUGAUAAGCAUCGUAAAUCUGAGAGCCGUGAUGAAGUUGUUAGUGGUCGGAGAAAGUCUAAAACAAAUUUUGUUGAAGUUCGGACAUUUUGGCACCUAUUUAGGAGUUUUGAUCGUAUGUGGAUAUUCUUUAUAUUGGCUUUCCAGGCCAUGUUAAUAGUUGCAUGGAGUCCUUCUGGGUCUCUUUCUGCAUUUUUCGAUCCGGACAUAUUUAGAAAUGUUUUGAGUAUCUUUAUAACGGCUGCAUUACUCAAUUUCCUACAAGCGGCACUUGAUAUUAUCCUUAGCUGGAGAGCAUGGGGUAGCAUGGAGUACAUGCAAAUAGUUCGCUACCUCUUGAAAUUUGCUGUAGCAGCUGCCUGGAUAGUAAUCCUUCCCUUAAGCUAUUCUAAAUCUGUUCAAAAUCCGACAGGUCUUAUCAAAUAUUUUAGCAACUGGGUUGGCAACUGGCGAAAUCAAUCACUAUAUAGUUUUGCAAUUGCCAUUUACAUGAUACCAAACAUUUUGGCUGCCUUGCUAUUCUUGCUUCCACCACUUCGAAGGUCCCUAGAACGAUCUGAUUGGCGUAUAAUUAUUUUCCUUAUGUGGUGGGCUCAGCCCAAGCUAUAUGUAGCACGAGGCAUGCAUGAGGAUAUGUGCUCACUUUUCAAGUAUACACUUUUCUGGAUUUUAUUGCUUGUCUGCAAGCUUGCUUUCAGCUAUUAUGUUGAGAUAUUACCUUUAGUUGAACCAACGAAGACUAUCAUGGACCUGGGAGUUCCGAACUACGAGUGGCAUGAGUUUUUUCCUUACUUGCAAGAUAAUAUCGGCGUUGUGGUUGCUGUAUGGGCGCCAAUUGUCUUGGUGUACUUCAUGGACACGCAGAUAUGGUAUGCCAUUUUCUCUACUAUAUACGGAGGUAUCAUUGGAGCCUUCAGCCACUUGGGUGAGAUACGGACGCUGGGUAUGCUAAGGUCCAGAUUUGACUCAGUGCCCGAUGCUUUUAGUAAACGGCUUGUUCCGGACAUUCAACAGCCUAGAUCAUCCUCUAAAAAAAAAGACAGGCAAACUCAGGAAGAGAGGCAAACAAGGGAAAGAAGCAGCUUGCUCAAAUUUUCUAAUGUAUGGAAUGCUUUCAUCAUUUCUUUGAGGGACGAAGACUUGUUAAGCAAUAGGGAGAAGGAUCUUUUACUUGUUCCAUCAUCUUCGGGCGGCGUAUCGGUUAUUCAGUGGCCUCCUUUUCUUCUUGCUAGUAAGAUACCCAUAGCACUUAACAUGGCCAAAGAUUUCAAGGGGACCGAUAAGGAGCUAAUAAAAAAAAUCGAGCGUGAUAACUACAUGCUUUAUGCGGUGAUAGAAUGCUAUGAAAGCUUGAGAGACAUACUUACAGACCUUUUCACAGAUCAGCAUGAUAAGGAUCUUAUCAAAGGUAUAUGUAAACAUGUGGAAUCGAGCAGAGAGGAACAGAAACUUUUGAGCAACAUUCGAAUGAGUGAACUGCCUCAGCUCAGUAGUAGAUUGGAGAAACUACUAAAUCUUUUGAAAAGUGAGCAUGAAGAUCUGGAAUCUGUAAGGACACCAAUCAUCAAUGUACUGCAGGAUGUGAUGGAGAUCAUUACUCAGGAUGUUAUGGCUAACAAACCAGAAAUUUUGAAAGGAUUCCAAGGGGAAACAACGGAUAAUGAUGAAGAAAGAAAGCAAAAAUAUGAAAAUAUAGACCUGAAUUUAAUGGCCAAUUCAACUUGGAUGGAAAAGGUCGUUAGGCUUCAUUUACUGUUGACCGUCAAGGAAUCUGCAAUAAAUGUACCAACAAAUUUGGAUGCUCGACGUAGGAUGACUUUCUUUGCUAACUCCCUAUUUAUGAAAAUGCCAACUGCUCCUGAAGUUCAUGAGAUGAUGUCCUUCAGUGUUUUGACUCCAUAUUACAAAGAAGAGGUGCUCUAUUCAGAGGAUGAACUUAGAAGAAAGAACGAAGAUGGGAUAUCCACAUUAUUUUACCUACAAAAGAUAUAUCCCGAUGAGUGGAGUAACUUUCUUGAACGCAUAAAAUUUGUACCGAAAGAUGAAGAUUCACUGAAAGAAAAGAUGGAUGAUGUCCGUCAUUGGGUAUCUUACAGAGGCCAAACACUUGCUAGAACAGUGAGAGGGAUGAUGUACUAUAGAAAGGCCCUCGAGCUUCAAUGCUCCCUCGACAUGAAAAAGGAUUGGGUUAAUGCUGGUGGAUCUCAAGUAUCCUAUCAAGAACAGAUGGCUUAUGCUGCAAAGUCUGUAGCUAUUGCUGAUAUCAAGUUCACUUACGUUGUUUCAUGUCAGAUCUAUGGAGUGCAGAAAGCAUCGAAGGAACUUCAAGAAAAGUUGCGCUAUCAGAAUAUUCUCAAUCUCAUGAUAAAGUACCCAUCAUUGCGAGUUGCUUACAUAGAUGAGAAAGAAGAGAUGGUAGAUGGAAAAUCAGAGAAAAGCUACUAUUCAGUUCUUGUUAAAGGUGGUGACAAAUGGGACGAGGAAAUUUACCGCAUCAGGCUCCCUGGUAAACCGACUGCUAUAGGUGAGGGAAAGCCUGAAAAUCAAAAUCAUGCAAUAAUUUUCACCAGAGGAGAAGCGCUUCAAACAAUUGAUAUGAAUCAGGACAAUUACCUUGAAGAAGCAUUUAAAAUAAGGAAUGUUUUGGAGGAGUUCCACGCUAAAAAGCAUGGAACGCAUAAACCUACAAUAUUGGGUCUUCGUGAACAUAUUUUUACUGGAAGUGUUUCUUCUCUUGCCUGGUUCAUGUCGAACCAAGAGACCAGCUUUGUUACUAUCGGACAACGGGUUCUUGCUAACCCUCUAAGGGUUCGGUUCCACUAUGGUCACCCUGAUGUAUUUGAUAGAAUCUUCCAUAUUUCAAGGGGUGGCAUAAGUAAGGCUUCCAAAGUAAUCAAUCUUAGUGAGGAUAUUUUUGCAGGAUAUAACUCAACUAUGCGUGGAGGAAAAGUUACACAUCAUGAAUAUAUGCAAGUUGGAAAGGGACGUGAUGUCGGGAUGAACCAAAUUUCCCUCUUUGAGGCGAAAGUAGCUAGCGGGAAUGGUGAGCAAACACUAAGCCGUGAUGUUUAUCGGUUGGGGCGGAGGUUUGACUUUUACAGGAUGUUGUCGUUUUACUUCACCACAGUGGGCUUCUACUUCAGUAGCAUGUUGACCGUACUUACCGUAUACGUGUUCCUGUACGGAAGGCUAUACCUAGUCAUGAGUGGUCUAGAAAGAUCUAUUCUCGAGGACCCUCGUAUCCAAUCAAACCUCAAGCCCCUUGAGAACGCGCUCGCCUCGCAAUCUGUUUUCCAGAUCGGAUUACUCCUUGUCCUCCCCAUGGUCAUGGAAGUCGGUUUGGAAAAAGGGUUUCGCACGGCCAUAGGUGAGUUCAUAAUCAUGCAGCUUGAAUUGGCCGCGGUCUUCUUCACUUUCCAGCUCGGGAGCAAAGUCCACUACUAUGGGCAAACUAUACUCCAUGGCGGAGCAAAGUAUAGAGCAACCGGCCGCGGGUUUGUUGUAGUGCAUGCGAAAUUUGCAGAAAAUUACCGUCUCUACUCCCGAAGCCACUUUGUCAAAGGAUUGGAGCUGAUGAUACUUCUAAUCGUCUACCUAGUCUACGGGAAGUCCUACCGGAGCUCAAAUCUAUAUCUAUUUGUCACGUACACCAUGUGGUUCUUGGUCGCCUCGUGGCUUUUCGCGCCUUUUUUGUUUAAUCCUUCAGGGUUUGAGUGGGAGAAGACAGUAAACGAUUGGGUGGAUUGGAAGAAGUGGAUGGGGAACAGGGGCGGUAUAGGCAUCGCGGUGGAAAGCAGUUGGGAAUCGUGGUGGGAGGGCGAGCAGGGGCAUUUGAGAUCCAUGAGUGUAAGGGGACUAUUGUUAGAGAUUAUCCUGGACCUCCGUUUCUUGAUUUACCAGUAUGGGAUUGUUUACCACCUCCAUAUAGCGCACCAUAGUCGAAGUAUUCUGGUCUAUGCACUUUCGUGGUUGGUUAUGUUGACUGUUCUGGUUGUUUUAAAGUUGGUUUCAAUGGGAAGGCGGAGAUUUGGUACGGAGUUCCAGCUUAUGUUCCGGAUCCUCAAGGCCCUUCUGUUCCUAGGGUUUGUCUCUGUAAUGACCGUACUAUUCGUCGUCUGUGGCCUCACAAUUGGCGAUGUCUUUGCUAGUAUCUUGGGUUUCAUGCCGACUGGUUGGGCUUUUCUCCUGAUCGGGCAAGCAUGUCGGCCGUUGGUAAAGAAGAUGGGGUUCUGGGACUCCAUAAGGGAGCUGGGGAGAUCAUAUGACUAUGUGAUGUCGUUAAUACUGUUCAUGCCGAUCGCCAUGCUCUCGUGGUUCCCGUUCGUCUCCGAGUUCCAGACGCGCCUCCUCUUCAACCAAGCCUUCAGCCGCGGGCUCCAGAUCUCGAGGAUCCUCGCGGGGCAGAAGGACACCGCCUAUGAUGAUGUGCGUAAUGACAAGAAACAGUGAUCUUUUCAUUCUCUCUUUAUAUAUAUAUAUAUAUAUAUAUAUAUAUAUAUAUAUAUAUAUAUACACACACACGUUAUUUGGCCUCUUAUUUUUUGUUUGGUCUGCGUCGUGAUGUAUAAAAAAAUUGAAUCUGGUAAUAUUUGUGAUGUUUUUCUAAGCUGCACUCCUUUGUAUUUGUGGUGGCAAAUGAUUGUUUAUGACUCUUUGUGAGUGUUAACCUGUGAACCGUGAGUGUGGCUUUUGCGUAUUCAUCAGAACCUCGCACAUGAAAUUGUUUUA